AUGGAUUCAAUGAAGGAUGCAUCUGGCAACUUUGAUUCGCAACAAUGGAGCAAAGAAGAGGUUUUCAAGAGCAAAGAAGAAUUACUUGGUUGGGUACGGGACGUCGGAAGGAAAAAUGGGUUUGUGAUUGUCAUUAAGACAUCAGACUAUGGUGGUGGUCAUAGGACACCAAGGAUAUUUCUUGCCUGUGAGAGAAGUGGUCAAUACAGAGCUCAUAAGAAAUUAGAAGGAGAUGAUUCGAGCAAAAAAAUUGUGAAGAUAACAGGUACAAAGAAAUGUGGGUGUCCUUUUGAGUUAAGGGCUCGUAAGUUGAUGGCUAAUGAUGAUUGGUUGGUAGAUGUAGCAUGUGGAAUGCAUAACCAUGCUCCUGCUAAACAUUUUGAAGAACAUUCAUUUGCAGGGAGAUUAUCUGAGGAGGAAACAUCAUUAUUAGUGGAUAUAUCCAAAAGCAUGGUCAGACCGAAAGAGAUUUUGGUUACAUUGAAACGAAAGGAUGCUUUGAAUGUAACCACUAUGAAAACCAUUUACAAUGUACGUCAUAGGAAUAAUGUUAUUGAGAAAGCUGGGAGAUCACAAAUGCAACAUUUGUUGGGUGAGUUAGAAAAGCAUAAUUACAUUAAGCGGCAUAGGUGUGACAACAACACGAUGACUGUCACAGACUUGUUUUGGGCACAUCCUGUCAGUUUAGAUUUGCUCCGUUCAUUUCCAAAGGUGUUGAUCAUGGACUGCACAUAUAAGACAAAUCGAUAUCGUCUUCCUCUUCUUGAGAUAGUUGGAGUGACAUCCACUGAUAUGUCAUUCUCCGUAGCCUUUGCAUAUCUCCAAUUUGAGAGGAUUGAUAACUACGUUUGGGUGUUAACUACAUUGUGUAGUCUCUUGGAUGACAUUGCUAUUCCUGAGGUGAUUGUCACGGACAGGAAGCUUGCUUUGAUGAAUGCUAUUGACAGGGUAUUUUCUACAUCUCGACAUUUAUUAUGCAGAUGGCAUAUUAGUAAAAAUGUACUGGCAAAAUGCAAGAAAAUGUUUAAGAGUAAGGAGGAAUGGGACAAGUUUAUCUCUUUAUGGAAUUUCUUAGUACUCUCCUCAACUGAGCUUGAAUACAAUGAACAUCUUGCUAGGCUACUUACGGAUUUUGAUACAUAUCCUGAGGCAGUGCAAUAUGUGUCACAAAGUUGGUUAAUUCCAUAUAAGGAUAAGUUUGUUGCCGUAUGGACAGAUAAUUGUAUGCACUUCGGGAAUGUUACAACCAAUAGGGCUGAAAGUGCACAUGCAAAACUGAAAUGGCAACUUGGUUCUAACCAAGUAAAUUUUGAGUGUUCUUGGACCAAGAUCCAUAGUUUGCUUGAGUUGCAGCAUGUUGAUAUUAAGGCAUCGUUUGAGAAGACUUUAACCAUUGUACAACACCAGUUCAAACCAUUCCAUUUUAGAGAGCUCCGAGGCAAUAUCUCUAUUACUGCAUUAGAUCAUGUCUUAGCGGAGAGUAAGCGAGCGAAUGAUGUUGGCAUUGAUGCUUCAUUGGAAAUUCUGCAUAAGUUAGGAGAGAUUGCAGAUCCGCAAAGUAGUUUUCUCAUUGAGCCGGAUGUGAAGCCCAACCCUCGAGGUAUGGGACACAAGAAGAUAGAUGUAUCUACGCGCCGAGACCCAUGUGCAUUUGAGCUAGUUCAGUCUGGACAUGAUAGCCACUCACCUAUGGGCACCCAGAUCCCCACACAAGAUUCUGUCAAAGUACAUAAAAAACGGCCUGCCAAAGAGCAGGUAUAUCGGACGCGUACAAGUACAACUUAUUCAUAUGUUGAUGCCCUUCCAGUUGGAUUGAAGCCUUACAUACGUCUUAUCAAGGAUGUAGAUGCCGAUGGCAAUUGCGGGUUUAGGGCCAUUGCUGGCUUAAUGGGGCUUACAGAGGCUAAAUGGGGUCAAGUCAGGCGUGAUCUCCUAUAG